UUUUUGUGCAUUGAUCAAUUGACUUUUCCUUCUUCUUCUUCUUCUUCUUCCCUCUUCUUCGCUCAUGCAUCAUUCUUAUUCCCCGUAUUAUUAUCUUUGUUAUUGUUUUAUUUAACUUCCUAAGGCUCCUUCUGCACAGCCGCCUCCAAGACUUUUCCCCAUUGUCGCAUCCCACGCUCCGUUUCGUUUCCCCUCCAUCUUACUACCCCUCCUCAUCAGCUAACCCCCAUCUCAUAUAUAUAUAUAUAUAUAUUAUAUAUAUAUACCCAAUCAUUUGUUGUCACUACUCCGCCAACCAUGUCUGCUUUGCUGCAAGAGGCUGCGCGCAUCGCGCGUGAGUUCGAUUACCCCGCGGAGGAGGUCCAGCGUGGGGUAAAGGAGUAUAUUCGGGAGAUGGAUGAAGGAUUGUCCCAGGAGAAUACAACCUUGAGCCAGAUCCCGACGUUCGUGACUUCCGUGCCCAACGGCACUGAGAAGGGCCUGUAUCUGGCUGUAGAUCUCGGAGGCACCAACUUCCGAGUAUGCUCAAUUGACCUUCAUGGCGACAAUACCUUCUCUCUUACACAGUCGAAAAUCAUGAUCCCUCGGGAGUUGAUGGCUUCAGGGUCAUCCAAGGAUCUCUUCAUGUUUUUGGCUCGACAGAUUGAAGCCUUCCUGCGUAUUCACCACAAUGAGCAUUUCGAGGCUCAUCUCCGAAGGAAGAGGGCGGGGAAAACGGAGGAGGAUUUAUUUGACCUGGGUUUUACCUUCAGCUUUCCCGUGCGUCAGUUGGGGAUUAACAAGGGUACAUUGAUUCGCUGGACCAAAGGCUUUAACAUCCCCGAUGCUGUGGGCCAGGACGUUUGCGCGCUUCUCCAGAAUGCCCUGGAUGAUUUGGAACUUCCGGUUCGCGUGGCCGCUCUGGUCAACGAUACCGUGGGAACCCUGAUGGCUCGUUCGUACACAUCACCCGGUGCUACCGGGACAUUCCUGGGUGCUAUCUUCGGAACAGGCACAAACGGAGCCUACCUCGAAAAACUUGACAGAGUUACCAAGAUGGACAAAAUUGAACACUCCAAUUACGACAAAUCGACUGGCGAAAUGAUUAUCAACACGGAAUGGGGCAGCUUCGAUAACCACCUGAGCGUCUUGCCCAACACAAAAUACGAUCAACAGCUGGAUGCUGACAGCAACAACCCGGGCAUCCAGAUGUUCGAGAAGCGUGUGUCGGGUAUGUUCCUUGGCGAGAUUCUGCGUCUGGUCUUGCUGGAUAUGCACCGCAAUAAAUCCCUAGGGUUCCUUCAGCCUAACGGGUCGUCGGAUGUUCAUAUCCCAGAGAGCUCGUCCCUCUACCGCCAAUGGGGCGUCGAUACUAGUCUGCUCAGCUUGGUCGAAGCUGAUAAGUCUCCUAGCUUCGAGGAGACCAAGCUCGCUUUGAAGGACCACUUGAAGAUCGAGCGUCCCAGCGAUACUGAUUGCAAGGCCAUCCAAACCAUUGUACACGCCAUCGGCAAGCGUGCUGCUCGUCUGAGUGCUGUCCCUCUUGCUGCUAUUCUCAUUUCCACGCGUAAACUGGAAACCGAUGACAUGGUGGACAUUGGCGUCGAUGGAAGUCUGGUCGAAUUUUACCCCGGCUUUGAGGGGUAUAUGAGGGACGCCCUACGAGAGGUACCGGAAUUAGGCCCUGCUGGCGAGAAGAAGGUACGGAUCGGUAUCUCCAAGGAUGGUAGCGGAGUUGGGGCCGCUUUGAUUGCGCUUGUUGCAAGUAAAGAGGAGAAAAGGGCGUCCAAAAACGUGAAAUGAUUGAGAUGUGGUGACGACUUUCCUUUUCUUGACCCCCUUCCUUAUUCCGACCUCUCUUGUUCUUUUAUCGCAUAGGCCUCAAGGGUAUUGCUACUAGCCGAAGCGUCUUGAUAUGUUCUUCAUAUACGCACCCGGGUUAUCCUCCCGGAUGCUGGUCUGGUUCUACCCUGGCCGUAGUCGGGUCCUUGGUGUCGACAAGCGGAGCUGGUUAGGAAGAAGGGAGAUGUAUCAUUAUUUUCUGGAUUGAAUGGCGUUCUUACUUAUGUGUUUCUUUCUGCACGCAUCACAAAGAAUUCAGUAUAUACCUCUCAAGAUAACCUUCGAUGACAGAAGCAAUAACAAGAGUUGUCUUUUGAUUCUCCGUACCUCAGCACCCAACAGUCGGUAUGAAAUUCUGCCA